GUAUUAGCACAAAUUAGACAGAGGGUAAGGUAGGUGACGGAGGAAAAAUGUCAGGGGUGUCUAAUUCAGCAUCCGCUUCACCGCAGGAAAAGCUGCCAGAUACCAGCAUAAUGCAAACCGCGGAGCUUAGAGCACAUAUUGAGCGUUGUGAGCGCCUUAUGCGCCAGGAGGCACUGUUGGAACGUCUUCCCGAUCGUGGUGCCGGCGUGAAGCAUCGCUACAGUAUAUACACGGCAGAGUUGGAGAGGCGCAAAAACGAGCAGGAACUGCAAAACGGUGAAAAUAACGCGGAAAAAGAAGGUUGUGGGUCAUCCGUAGGAGCACCACUUGGAGUUGGGAAGGUAAAUUCACCUGCUAAGGUACGUAACGAAGAGACCAUGCCGUAUAUGGAUCCGAAUUAUGCUACUCAGCUUCGUAUUAUCGAGGAAAAAUAUCAAGAUGUGCGAAUUCCUGUCGAAAAAAUUGUGCGUCGUAUGUAUGAAGGUUCUCUGAGCGAGACAGAGAUUCAGCGUAUUUUGAAAGAUAUCCCGCCAAAAUACUUCUUAACUCACAGGGAGACGUGUGAGCGGAUGAGGGAGUUGGCGCGACGAGCGCGGGAAGAAGAAUUACAAAAGCUUAAACAGCAGUCAAUGUGA